AUGCUGCGAUGCUGCUCGUCUCUGUUGUGUGCGGUCACGUCGACGGAGGUGACGUUUAGGCGGGCUUUGGGGUCGCAGAGCACACUUCUUGACCUCAUUCCUGUGAAGAAGCCGAUGAUUGAGGGCUCGCUCAGAUGGUUUGUCGAGGAGAAUAUUGAGGUUGUGCUUGUGUCCGGUGUGAAGGGCAUCUCCCCCGACGCAGUAACGGAGCAUGUAAGGCGGCGAGCGGUUCAUCUUUUGCGUCAGUACGGUGAGGGCGAUGCAGUGAAGGGAUGCCAAGCACUCCGGCGAUGCAUUGAGGAGUCGAGGACGGUGCGGGGUCUGCUUCAUCGCCUUGACCUGCAAGUGCGGCUGCGCCUCUGGAAUUCGACGACGAAGGUGGAGGGGGAAACUCUGUCGCCCUCGCCAGUGUCACCCGCACGAGUAGCGGACGACAUAGAACUGCAGGAGGAGUGUGGUGAAACACUGUACUGCUCAGUUUAUGGGACUGACGCGUGGGAGCCGUAUCGGCACGAACAGCACAUUGGGGAUGUAUCAACGUCACCGUCGGUGCCGUGCGUGCGCGAGCUCCUUAGAGAGGCUCUACGAAUUGUGCAAGGUGACGCGGAGAUGAGGGGCCGACGGUUUGCAGCGGCUGUAUGCCACGAGGCGCAUUUGCUUUUCUCCACUGGAACCUCCGUGACAUCACUACACGAUGGUACUUUUUUCUUGUGGGAAAGGGCUUCAAAGGGAGAUGGACACUUUGUUGUGGAGGAUCCGGCACUGCGAUGCUUGGAAUGUUCCACCCGGUACACGGUGGAGAUGGAAUUUCUUCAUUACGAAAAGGAUGCUAUAGAUACAUUUGGCAUUACCGCGGGUACGUGGCUGCUGCACGAUGAUGCGGAAAAUGUGGAGAAACGUGACGUGCCGUUGUCGAUGCUGAAGGACAAGGCGGGUCUCUUGCACAGAAGCAGGUGCAGUGAGGUAUUAAGUCACCAAACAGAGCCCCUAGCGGAGUCUAGAAUCAAGUCCGUCGAAGACGCGGGGUCUGUUGUUCGCAUGAAAACAUGCAAAGAAGGAGAAUUUGCUUCGACGCUUUUGCGUUCACUUUGCUCCCAACAAAUUCUUCAAACUCUACUUUUUUAUGCCUCAACUGAGAUGCUGUGCGGUCGCCUCGCCCCAGUACGCGCGGAGGAUUUUGUCCGAAGUUGUGGGCGGCUUGACGUUGACUGCUGGUUAAGUGAACGGGGACAACCUAUAACGGUUCCCAUGGCACCACGUUAUUUACUUCACCCUGACCCGUUGCUCUUUCUGCUAGAGUGCCUGCCGCUAGAAUUCGGCACGAGGGGGGCGUCGUCUAUCUCUGUGGGAUCUUUGCGCUUUGAGUGUCACCUGGCUAUCACAGCGAGUGGACGUAUGUCGACAGCAGUGGGGGGCUUCAGCUCUGCUGCGACGGCGGUGUCAGCGCUUGUGCCGUGGCAUCUGACCACUUUCCGGCGACCUGUCGUGGUGGAGCCGGCGCAGCAUCUUCAACACAAAUCUCAAACGUUGGGUAGCAUUUUGGCAGCGGCGGACGAGACACGCCUGACAGAUUCACGUGGGACAUCCGAUGAGUCUCUUCAGACAACCUCUCCGUUUGCCGUGGAGACUAUUGACAUGGAGGCCACACUCAAAAAAAUGGGCGUGGUCUCAGGGAAAUUCACGCAGGACUUUAUGGAGUAUUGCGAUGCGGAAGGCCGAAGCAUUUUUCGGUUUGAGCAUAUGGACACUCUGCAGGGGAUUGAACGCUUUGUGAGGCGCCUGCGGCGAAGCCAAUCUGCAUGCUUCACCUCAAUCUUUGUUUACAACAACAGGAGAGCCUUGUCGUCUAUUGUGUGGCGUGCCUUUGCUGGAAUAACACCGCAUAAAUUGCCGCCCUACAUGAGGCGAAUUCGAAUACCUGUUCCAUUAGUAUCAGGAAAAUUUUUUGCAAUUCGCUUCUUUGGUUUGCUGGAGCAGGAGCAGAGGGAAUACGCCCUGCUGAGCAUCCUUGAGCGCUACUCUAAAGACCCAGCGCAAUGGCCGUUGAAGGGCCCAUUGCCAUGCUUCUUUAACCGAUGGCGACUGACGCGAGGUGUAAUCGAGGCUAUUCUACGCCAUGAUGCACUGUUUCGCUAUACUCUUGAACGUGCUUCUGUGCAGGGGCAGGAGGGGAAGUUUCUCCUGCGCUUCUACUCCGGGGAUGCGAAGACUCACGAGGCGCAGCUGGAGGAGAAACGGCUUCUUCCACAGAUGCGGCGUUGCUUGGUUCAAUAUGUGGCACGGUGGGAUGUCCAAGUUCCAUCCGUUGAGACGAAUGCUUUCCUGCUGGCGGAGGUUCGAAGUAAUUUAUCGUUUACUUGUAGAGGCUUUGUUGCCUCGUUGCUGCAAAAUAGCGAGCUACUGCAGCAAAAAGACCGAGAGACCUCGUUGGAGCUGUACAUCAUUGAGGGUGUGAGGAUCCGUCUCUGCGCGGGCAGUUUUGCCAAGCAGGAGGAGGCGAAGGAGGUGCUGUCUAGGAUGUUUCUGGAGCAACACUUCCCGGAGCUGCUGCCGGUGGUGCAUCAACUGCAGCGGGUAAAUGGUGUUCUUUCACGUCAUACUGGCGGGAAGGAAAUGCUGUUUCACUGCUGCGAUAACACCAGUGAGCGACGCGGUUACCGCUGGGAGCUGCAGGCGGUUGCCGAUGACGCGAGGACGGGGACGGGGACGGUGACGGUACUGGACGCAGCGGAGGGGGCAUCACGGCUGGACGCGCUCAUGGCGCUCCUGGACAAGGUCGAUUGCGCGCGAGAAGCAGCGGCACUGUACCCGGUAGCAAGAAAAGCAAAAACGCCCGCCACUCCGGCGUUGGUACAGACGAUUGAGGAAUAUCAAGCGCUGCUCGCACAACGGCGCGGGAUGCAGAGGAUCACGCACGACUAUGACGCGGAGCGCAACGUGCUGACGGUGCGGGGAAUCAGCGACCACGGGGAUGUGGCAGGGAACAGCGCCACAAUUCUUUGCGUCAUCCCACUUGGGGAGGUGGGCUCCGUUGGGGAUAUUAUGCACAGGUACUACCGCAGAGAACUUGGCCUCACCGACCCGCCGCUGUUCAAGACACCCGAGGAACUGCGGGCUGUCCCUUUGAAGUCGAUGUACGACUUGUGUCAGAUCCACUUUGCGCUGCCGUUGCCUCCGCUGGAGGAUGCAAUUGACGCAUCACAAGAGAAGACGGGAUGGAGAGUUGAACUGCGUCUUCCCGCGAAACUUUUUGCGCUUCAGGGGCUGCGCAAUGUCGAAUACGUUUACUGGGGACGUGGUAAACGCGAGGGAAGACGCAACGUUGUAUGCAACUUUUACAUGGCGCUUCACGGUGAUCCACCGGCGGCUGUGAGGCGGAUUUUGUCGGAGGCUCUUAGUGGUGGAAUGCCGUCUACCGACAGCGUUCCCUCCUCUGCCACAGUCUUGCCUGCCACUGACAAGCGUAACGACAUUGCCAUGAACCAGCACACUCCUAACAACAGCGGAGGCGGCAGCAGCAGCAGCAGCAGUAAGGCGAUGAUGGGUGCUGCUGGAAGCGGUGAUUACGUCAAGGACAAUAAUGCAACGAGCCGGGGGAUGUGUGUUGGUCAGGGUGACACCUGCAUGUACACUGAACUUAUGGGAAUAAUCUGCUCUCAUUUUAGACCUCACGUGGGCCACGAUGGGGUGGUGGAGUUUCGGCUAAGUUACAUUACUGGCUUCACGGGUCGCUACGUUUCCAGUUCAGCGCAGGGGGGGAAAUGGGUGGAUCUGUUUAAUGUGCCGUUCCGCACAACAAUAUGGCUGCCCUUGCAGCUGCUUGCCGUGCUGCUUUCGUGUGCCCGUCGCCUUGUUCCCGAUGAGGAGUUGGAGGCGUCGCUGUUACGCAGUGCCUCUUCAUGGCCCUCACUUUUUCUAGAUACGGCGCAAAGUGAGCGUCGCUUUUGCACCACGUUCCUACGGCGCUACUUGGGUCUUUGGACAUUUGAGGAGAAUGACGUGGGUGUUCAGGGAGAGGUACCGGGCUCGAUAUAUCUUGUGGAACGCAUACGACGCGUUCGGGGCGGUGGUUUUGAGGCAUCGUUGUCGCUUCUGCAGACGCCACUGCCGCCAACUGUGACGACGUUUUCACGGACGCUAGCGUCUCACAGGGCGGCGACUGUGCCUCGAGCGGAAGCAAAUAUGUGGGGGGCAGUGCUGCAGCACCUGCCAGAGCUGAACGCCGUACAGCCGGAGGACGCUGACAAGGCGGUUUUUCGGGCCAUCGUGAGAGUUGCCACUGAUAUGAUGGUCUAG